AUGAGUCUAUCAAAGCAACUUUUGAUACUAUUCCUAGCAUGCCUAAUUACUAUUGUACUAGCACAGACCACCAUUAAUGCUACCGAAAUCAACAGUGCUACUGCCACAUCCACUACAACUUUAAUUAGCAGUAGCAUCUCAUCAACAUUGCUUCCUUCCUCAUCACUGUCAUCCACUCUUUUACCUUCUGCCUCGUCAACCUUCUCAAAUGUCGUGCCUACCUCUCUUUCAUCAUCUACUACCUCUAAUCCCCCUUCAUCAUCCACAAUUACUAAUGCAAAUGCAGUACCUACUGUGCAGAGCACAGGCUGGAACUCAAAUGAAAACGAACAAGCCAAAGACCAGCAGAGCUGGCUCAGACAAAACAAUAGAUUUGUGUUUGUGAUCUUUGUUGGCCUUGUCGUACUUGCUAUAUUGAUCUGGUAUAUAGUCAGGAGCAUUAAAGGAAUGCGUAAAAGACUCGAGCAAGAGAAUGAAGCCCAGUUAUAUAUGAUGCAGCAAGCCUCUGCUCCUCAUCAACAGCAACCACCACCUCGUAAUGACCGUGCCAUUUCUGAAUUAACACAAACUCCACCUCCAGCUUACAAGACAGAGGAAAACACGCCUGUGCAUCAAGCAACAGAACAUCGUUCAUAA